UCACCGACAGCAGCGGAAGGGCCACCUCCGUACAACACGCCGACCGUCGUCUUUGUCCUCCUCCUCCUCUUCAUCCUCCUCCACCACCCUGGCCGCUGGCGCCUUCGGAGAGCAUCUGGCCAUCCUAAUGUAGGGGUGGGGCGGCGGUGGCGGUGAGCGCCACUGGUAGUUGGGCGGUGGUGCGGCAGCUGCAGCCCACGGGCGUUUCGUAGCCGGGCCAACAGGGGGUGCUUUGAAGCCCUCGGGCCUCGUCACACGAGACCUGUCGGCAGCUCCCCGCUCAACGCCGUUGGUGGGGGAUCUAGACGGCUCGGCCUUGUCCUCGGCGGAUGCACCCUUGCGCUUGGUGCCUUGGGCGGUGGGGGGCGGCUUGGCCGGGCUCGGCGCUGCCGCGGCAGCGGCUUUCUUGGCCUCCUCCUUCCUUUUCCUCUCUCUCUGCAUUAUGGCCAGAGCACACAGACAUCAAAAGUGAGAGAGGUUCGGGUGGGGCGCUUCAGUGUCUCAUUGGUCUCAGUCCUACGCACCUCCGCCAACAAGGCCUGCGCCUUACGAAUCUCGGCCUCCCUCCAUUCGCGCGUCUCCCGCGCAGUGGCCGCCUGAACAACAGACGAUAACCGAAUACAAAGACAGAGACACCAAGUGAUAUGCCCAGUGGGGAGGAGAAUCUUUUGCCAGACUCACCGCCUCCGGAGACUCUUGCCACUCACGAAAAGUCCGGUACCCGUAUGGGCAUGGGCCAUCCCGCUGCUGAAGACAGCAAGGAAGACGUACAUCCGUUGGCUCAUUCCGAAGGCGCACGACACUCGUCUGUCUCUCUCUCUUACCCUGCCGUCGCUUGCAGCCCCCCCACCAGAGAGACCCGUAAGGGCCUCGUGGGCCUCGGAGAUGGCCUGAAAGGCCGCCUUGUCCCCACCCUUGUCUGGGUGGUUGGCCUGCACAGACAUCCACACGAAAGACAAAAAGAGAGAGAGGGAGAGAGAGGAGAGUGAAGCAGGCUGUUUCUGCGGUGUUAGUGGGCCCCUCUGGAUGUGUCAGUGCAAAAGGCUUCUGCACUCUGCUGACUGGCGCUCCUGCACUCAUGCUGCCCUGCUGGUGCCUUGCUGGUGCCCCCCUGGUGCCUCGCUGAUCCCCUCUCCUUCUCCAGAGUGACCACUCGCUUACCAGAGCAAGCCGGCGGUACGCGGCCUUGAUCUGCCCCUAGGAGGCACUCGGCGGUACACCCAGCCUCGCAUAAUGACCUCGACGGUCUCGCUCAGCCAUCUUUCACACGAAUCUCAAGACGAACAUGCACACUUGCUACGCGUGGGUAGCCGACACGUAGAAAGCGGCCGUGCAUGCAAUUGCGUGCAUGUCUCUCAGCAGUAUCUUGGCGAGAGGCAGGUGGUGAACCAGGAGAGCGGCUUCAGCCACGAGAAUCCCCCCUCCUUCUUGUCGACAUCCUGCACGUUCACAAGCACAGCGGCCGAGAGAGAACGACACACAUGACUGCUUGCCGUGUGUGGCGCGUGUGAAGGCGGUCGCGUGUGUUUGUGGGCGACACUAUUCUUUACCUUGAUGAAUGUCUUUCAGCGGUAUACAGGGGCAAUGAGCCGACAGAAGUUGUCCCAGUUGACGGAACGCCGCCACAGUGAGGUCGCUUCUGGCCGAAAAAAUGGAACGCAAUCUUGAACGUCUGUGUGAGGACGUCAGGGCACACGGAUAUAAACGGACGCAUGGGUGUCUCCCUCUGUGGCUUACGAAGUGCUUUUGUGUGCCGUUGUGCUGUCUGAUAGUCGUGGUGACGGCCGCAAACUCUGCCUGCGACGCGUGGCUCGUGCGGCCCUUGCUUCUCCGCUUCACCCUGCGCACACAAACACCACACAUGCCCUGUGUUGUGUUGUGUUGUGUCUGUUUGUCCGCACGUCGGUGUCUGUUUGUACUUUGUAUUCACCGACAGCAGCGGAAGAGCCACCUCCGUACGACAGGCCGAGGAUCGUCUCUGUCCUCCUCCUCUUCAUCAUCCUCCACCACCCUGGCCGCGGGCGCCCUCGGAGAGCAUCUGGCCAUCCAAAUGUAGGGGUGGGGCGGCGGUGGCGGUGCGCGCCAGUGGUAGUUGGGCGGUUGGGGGCGGCUUGGCCGGGCUCGACGCUGCCGCAGCAGCGGCUUUCUUGGCCUCAU